UUGUACUAAAAACACACAAUCUGCGCAUGAUAUCGUACAAAAGAGAAUUUUAAAAUAAAAUUUAUCCGACUUGUUUUACCUUUUCGAUAUUUACGCAUAACUCAUAUGCCUUUUAAAAAUUAUUCAGAAGUUUUUGAAUUUUUUUUUAAAUUUGAAGAACGUUGAGCGAAUAUUUCAUAUAGUGUUAUUGUAAAAAAUGAAGAAGACGGGAAGGAAUUAAUCACAUUAAUAUUGUAUGGCGUUGAAAGAGUAGUCGAACAUUUGAAAUAACUUUAAACUUGGAUUUAAAAUAGGAUUAAAUAUUGUGCGAAGUACACAAAAGAAAUCUAACGCCCUCACCCAUUUAAAAGUCUCUCACACACAACAUUCACAGUCGUAUAUGUGUUAGUAGAAGUGGAAUUUUUUGGAUAUACAAUGAUGGGGAAAUUAUGGGAUCUUGAUCAAGAGUUGGACAAUUUGAAUUACGACAGGAAUGAUGUUUUUUUACAGAAUUACAUAGACAUAAGUCCACCACCACCCUAUUCUAAAGAAGAUUUAUUUCGUUCGCAACAACAACAACAAAAGAACAUCCAACAGCAUGAUAGACGGCUGUCGUACAACGAUGUCGGAGCAGAAAUUUAUAUCAGGAUAAAUAAAAAGCCGAACGAAGAAGCAGGUUUGACUAUUUUAAACGGCGAAGCGUUUAACCCAAGUUGGCCGACUAUAUUAGACAUUAGGAAAAACUCGCCAGCCAGCCGCACAGAAGAAAAAUUGUUAAUUGGAGAUCAAAUAAAAGAAUUGUAUGGAAUACCAACAGUAAGCCUAAAACAUUCACAAAUCCUCGCAUUGUUUUCAAAGGCGACUGAUGAGGUUACCAUGACGAUAAGAAGAGGUGUGGAGCCGUCAGAUCGUAGUUUUGAUUGGUAUAAACAUCCUUUUUCCAGUGUUAGCCAUGUUUAUGAGCAAGUAUCCAUACAAGAGGAAUGUGAAAGUACUGAUAUAUGCUGUGCUAAUUGUCCGGAAGACGAAUUAAAGGAACCAGUUUUGUUCAAAUCGUUUAAGCACGAACAUGAUGACAAAGAAAACAAGAAGAUUGCGAGAUUGCAGUAUACAACACCGGAUAGAGAUCUGAGGCGAACUCGAUCAUUUUCUGGUGCGUACGGAAGAAAGAGUUGCGCUCCUAAGCAACGACAAAGACGACGAACAACCGACCAUACAAAUAACAAGUCGGAUGAUCUCCGAAAUUUAGUUUUAUUUUCACUACCCGACAACGAUGGAAAAUAUAUCGCCGACGAAAUCGAAAAGCUGGAACUGGAGAAGGAAGAAGAACAGGAAGAAGUAAACGCGUUUUCACCUCGACGUAGCCGAAGUAACUCACAAUGUAGCCUGGCUUCAACUUUGUCCGCAUCCACGGUUUCCUCGUUUUCAAGUAAUUCCACUUCAGCUACCACUGAGCAGUGUAUUCCUUCAAAGUUACAACACGGUUGGCUAGACAGAAUGAACCAAUCAUUUGACAUGGUCGACCAUCACAACUUAGAUGGAUCCACUGAACUGACCACGCAAGAAAACUUAAGGAAUUUCGCCAAAUCACCUGCUCAAGUAAUUCGAAAUAGUUUUCGGCGUAAAAAAAGCAAAAAAAAUGUAAGCACGGAAGAUUUUCAAAUUACUGGAAAAUCCGAAACGCCUGAGAACACCCAUAUCUUAACUGUGUGGAUCGCGGAUCGUAAAAGGUUAGGAUUAAAAUUGGGAGGAGGGUGUGUAUCUCCGUAUGGUGAUAGCAACAUGACCAUACGCGAUGUGAAAAGACCUAGUCCAGCUGCAAAAGUAUUUAAAAUAGGAGACGAGGUUUUAGAGAUAGACGGACUUUCUACCAACGGAAUGACAGUUAAUGAAGCCAACAACAUGCUAUCCAUGCUGGAAGGAAACUUUGUCGAAUUUAAAAUAUUUCGACCUGUUAAUAAAUAAAUUUUAGAUCUGAUUAUAACAUAUAGAUUAUAGGAACCCUGUACGGUUCUUCAUAGCGUUCAUUUUUGCAACGCUGCGUUUAAUUUACUGUCUAGGUUUUUUCAAAAAAAAGUGAGGCUGACACAACACGCUGUUUAAAAUACCCUAAAAAAUAUUUGCUUGUAUCUGAGUAACCACAACCAAAAAGCUUUAACAGAAAUAUAUUUUGAAAUUUAUUUCAAAACUUUUCCAUACAUUUGAAUACGCACCUUUGUUUCUUUUUUGCACCCUGGCUUUCAUCGAAAAUUAAACGAAUAUUUGUGAACUUGACAGUGUUCAAUAAAGUUGUACCCUGAUUUUCUGUCAUCAGAUGAAAAACUGCUUUUUUUCAA